AUGUAUCCCAAUGAUACAUGGUCUUCUUAUGGCUCUGUUGAGCGUAGACUGCGUGUAGUAGAAAAGAUAUUGGAUUUCAUGCUUGCUACGUCCAAUAUGAUCAAAUCAUACAAUUAUGAUAAUCAUGCCAUGAAUAGGUCUAUAUAUCUUUCACGUGUAUAUAUUCAGCUUUGUGUCAGCCAAACCUUGUGGAAAGCGACCAGCAUUAAACUCGAUGUGCUUAACAAUGUUUUACACACUGAGUCGAUUGUUGUUAGCAUUUUUUAUAGUGUUCACGAGGUAUCUGGGAGAGUGGAUAGAAAGUAUGGGAUACCAAAAUGUUGGAUACUGGGUGAGAACUUUAUUGAAGAUCUUAUCAGGUUUGAGAAAGAAGUAAAAGUGUUAAGUCUACGUUAUAAAAUAAAAACAGACUAUGAGAUUGCCUUUGAAGUACGAAAUUCGACUACAAUAGAAAUUGUGCCAAAAGGAUUCAUUGCCGAACUCCAAACUUUAGUCCUAUUUGAAUACGGUAGAUCGGUAAUUGGAAGUGUCAAAAUGAUUCGACAUAGAAAUGCUUGA